UUAUCCUGGGAACUUGGAAUUUUCCACUCCAUCGAAAAUCCUUUCUCAAAUAUUACUAAGUGAUGCUGGGACUAUCAAUACUGGAACUAUAAAUACCGAACUUUCAACUAGGAUGUCAUUCACCAGACCGACCUUCAAUCCACAAGCGACGAAGCACGAUCGUUACGUUGAAGAGAUAUUGCGGAUCAGACGAUUGUUGGUGGAAAAGCACCGAUUGGAUUGUAAAUGGGAUUCGUAUCAGAGAAAGAUAAAACUAAUUGAAAAUGUGAAUUGGCUUCUCGAUCCGAUGUAUGAGAGAACAUAUAUAGUUAAUGUUUUAGCGCCCAUUCUCUCUGAAUUCUUUGCUAAAAUUAAACAAUAUUGGCGUGCUUCGUAUGGAGAAACUUGUCUAAAGGCAAGUGCAAAGGAUCGUAAUUCCGACAAGGCAGAUGAUGAACGCCGGUUUAACGGAAAAAUAAUAGAUACCAUUAUUUCCUUAAGAAAAGAAGACAGAGUUCUCAGUUGCACGAGAUAA